AACUCAUGACGUGUUGCUUUUCUUUUCCUCUCGGUGAGAAAGUGGCUCUCUCUUCUCUGAAUCAGGUCCUCUGCCACCCAGAGCCACAGAGACACUCGGGACAUAGGCAUACACACGCACACGCUGAUUUAAGGUGAGCACCAAAAACUUCCUCCGCAUUUCGCUGUCCUCUGUUUCAAACUGCUGGAGAGUUCUGAGAGCAUCUCAACUCGGGACCUCUGCAUAAGUGAAGAAGAUUGUUUUGACUACAAAGAUGAAGAAUCUACUUUUUCUGGUGCUGAUUUCUGUCUGCUGGGCUGAACCUCACCGUGACAACUCAAGUCUGGAUCAUGAAAGAAUUAUUCAUGUUCAAGAGGAAAAUGGUCCCCGUCUACUUGUGGUAGCAGAGCAAGCUAAAAUCUUCUCACACCGGGGUGGCAAUGUCACACUGCCAUGUAAAUUUUACCAUGAACACACGUCAACAGCUGGCUCAGGAACCCACAAAAUCCGGGUCAAGUGGACCAAACUCACCUCAGAUUACCUCAAAGAAGUGGACGUCUUUGUUGCAAUGGGACACCACAAAAAGAGCUAUGGAAACUACCAGGGCAGAGUGUCUCUGAGGGGAAGCAGUGAGAAUGAUGCCUCUCUUAUAAUCACAAAUAUAAUGCUGGAGGAUUAUGGGAGAUACAAGUGUGAGGUGAUUGAAGGAUUAGAGGAUGAUACAGCAGUGGUAGCUCUGAAUUUGGAAGGUGUGGUAUUCCCUUACUCUCCACGGCUGGGUCGUUACAACUUGAACUUCCAUGAGGCUGAGCGAGCAUGCCUGGACCAGGACUCUGUUAUUGCCUCCUUUGACCAGCUCUAUGAUGCCUGGAGGUCAGGGCUGGACUGGUGUAAUGCCGGCUGGCUCAGUGAUGGCUCCGUGCAGUACCCCAUCACCAAGCCCAGGGAGCCCUGUGGAGGGAAGAACACAGUGCCUGGGGUCAGGAAUUAUGGCUUCUGGGAUAAAGAUAGAAGCCGAUAUGAUGUUUUCUGCUUUACUUCAAACUUCAAUGGUCGUUUUUACUACCUGAUUCACCCAACCAAGCUGACCUACGAUGAAGCUGUUCAGGCAUGCUUGAAGGAUGGAGCUCAGAUUGCUAAAGUUGGCCAGAUAUUUGCUGCCUGGAAGCUCCUGGGGUAUGACCGCUGUGAUGCCGGCUGGCUGGCUGACGGCAGUGUCCGCUACCCAAUCUCCAGGCCAAGGAAACGCUGCAGUCCUAACGAAGCAGCAGUUCGCUUUGUAGGCUUCCCUGAUAAAAAGCACAAGCUGUAUGGUGUCUACUGUUUCAGAGCAUACAACUGAAAAUACCUAGAGCACGAAAGUUUUAAAUUCAUUAAGAACAUGUGAAAGUUUUCUUUUCAAUACGAACUCAUGCAAGUUACCAAAACUGUGAUAAACCCUUUUUUUGAUUACUGUAAAGAGUCAUUUUCAUAUACCCAACCCAUUAAUUUGUUGAUUUCUUCCCCCUUUUGUUUUAGUAUUUUUUGUAAAAUUAUCAUUCCAUAGAUAUUUUAAAUUAACAUAAUUUAAUGGAAGCUCUAGGUAAGGAAGUUUUAGAGCCAAAUUCUUUAAGCUAUGUCAUCCCAUCACAAUAUACUUUUCAUGAAUGGGGCAUGCAAUAGAGCUUGAUGAUUGCUAGGGCACAACUAUGGAAUGUAAGGCUACUCAAAGCAGAAGCUUUUAAAAGCACAGAUUUUAUAUGUUUGUACCUGAUUGAAAAACACUGCAAAUUGAUUAUAUCAGGAAAUAUAAUAUUUUGAAAUAAGAUAAUUAUUUUUUUUUUUGUUAAUGGGGAUCAGUGAGGUUUUGAAAAAGAAAAAAAAAAUCACAAAAGAGUAGGUUAGAAAAUAACUGUUUUCACUGGUUUCACAUGGGAACACAGAGUUUAAUAAAAACAGCUAAAAAAAGUCCACAAAAAUAGGACUAGCUUUACAAUUUAAAAUCAUGCCUAUCUGAAAAAUGCACUCCUGGUCCCAUGCAUAGGAACAAGCACAACUAGUUCUCCUGAACAUUUCAAUUGUGUUUUUGUUGUGAAUAAAUCAUUGAUGAAGCAGAUAAUCAACUGAUGAGAAAACCCUGUGUUCUUCAUAACUCCAAUUAGAGAUGCCUGAGAAGUGUUGUAGUACCUUUGAGUAGCUUUACUGAGUUAUUUUUAAACUCUUAAAGGCCAUUUGCUAAGCAGCAUAUAGCAUCUACUCAGGGCAGUUGUAUAAAUGAACUGCUGGACAGAGAAAUUGUAAACUUUAGCAGCUUGAUUUUACAUUAGCCUUUGAAAUGUUAUUGUCUUAACAAAAGCACAUUACAAUAUUUAAUAUUUCUUACCUAUUUACACAUCUACAAGAAAUAAAAAUUAGAAAGAAAAAAAAAAAAGGAAAGUUAUGAAGUCUUAGACCAUGAUUAUUAACUAAAAUCUGAAACCAGCUAUUAAGGUUUAGAAGAGAAACAAAAGCAACAGCGAACACUACUUCCUUACACUUUAUUUGUAUCUAAAAAGUACAUCUUUUUUAAGCUAACAAUAAAAAUAUAUCAAUAGCCCUGAAUUAUUUAGAUAAUACUCUCAAGAGUUAAUUAAAAAAAAAUAAGAAAAAAUAAAAGAAAUACUUCUUUUCACUAAAUCUGCAGUGAUCUAGUGGAAGAUGUUUACCUACAUCUAUCAGUGUCAGAGAUAAACACAUGCUGUGUAUGGUGCCUAGGAUUUUCAGAGCUGCCUAAAGCACUAGGUCCUUCUUAAAUGCCAAUCUGAGGGAAUUUGGAUUUCUGAUGCAAACUUAAUUUUGGAUGCAGCAAUUCUUGGUGCUCAUCUUCAGAUACCUUAAUGCAACCAGUUUUUCAGAAAGUGGGUGCUCAAGGCUUUCUGGAAAUAUACUCCACUUAUGGUGUCUCAAGCUGGAUAUCCAAAAAAAAAGAGAGGCCACUGAUUAAAAACAUCUUGGUCUUGAGUAAUCUCUUAGGCGGUUUUGAUGUUCUCUACCCAGUACCGGUUCUACCACUUGAAAAUGGAGAACUUUUUUCCUACUCUAUGCUUGCUGACUAUGAAGAUUUCAGAGGACCAAUAUUUGUAUUACUCAAAGUUUUAUAACUUCCCAUUGUUUCCAUACCUAAACGAGAUUUAGUGGUACUUACCCAAGUAGGACACAACUGAUGUGCUUUCAUGAAUGGUUUGAUGUAGUUAUUUUCCCAUGGACAUGAGUAAAUAAAUCUCUUUCCUGGAGUAGUUGUGGUCCUGUUUUAAAACUCUGUGAACAAACCAGGAACAGUAUAUGUUUAAGAUUGUAAUGGAAAGAUACCAUAGUGUAAGAGAUAUGUUACUGGAAUUUGUUCCCAUCAAGCUUAUAGUCAAAUUUCCAUCCUUAUGGGGAUAUUUGCAUCCACUGUGGAUAUGUGGAUAUUUGCUCAU